UCUCUCUCUCUCAAAACAAAACAAAAAAGAAGAAGAAAAAAAUGUCUGGGAAGGAACUUGGCCAAGAGCUCAAGGAACUCGUCAGCUCCUUGCAAGACCAAGGAAUUUUGGACGAGCAAUUUGAUCAAAUGAAAGCAGUUCAGAAUGAACAAAAUCCUUGCUUUGUUGUGAAUUUGAUCACCACAUUCCUUGGUGAUGCUGAAAAUAUUUUGGCACAACUCAGGACAUAUCUGAGUGCUGAGGAUCCUGAUGAAGUCAACUAUCCCCAGGUGGCAACUCUUGCCCUCACGCUCAAGGGAAGUAGCUCAAGUGUUGGUGGUUGCCGGAUGGCGUUAGCCUGUAGCCAGCUCCGAGAUGUAAGCGAUGUAAAUGACCAUGAAGGGUGCAUUAUUUUUCUUGACCUUAUUAACCAACAGUUUCUCAUCUUGCGGGAGAAUCUGAAUCACAUUGUUCAGGGCAUUUUGAACGACUACUUUGACGAACUGAAAGGGUUACAAGAUGAAAACGAUCCUUGCUUUGUCCAUGAAUGUAUCACCAUCUUCCUUUGUGAAGCUCAAGAUUACAGAGCAGAGCUCACAACAAAUUUGUAA